AUGUCUUCUUCGGACGAUGACAUACCGCUCGCCGGCAAUAGAAAGUCAAAUGGCACAAACGGAGUCGCACCGCGUUUGUCUGCGGACAAGAUCCCCUCCUCCGUCGAUGCUACCUUGGAUCGCCAAAUUCCUUCCAACGGCAAUGUAAUGCCAGGUAUCUCGCUAGCACAUGGCGAGGUCAAGGUGGAAAACGGAUCACCUGCAGACGACAAGAGUGACCUUGUCAACGGCGCUGGAACGGGAAAGAGGAAGUCCAGGGAGAGUGCCACACGACCCGCUUAUGCCGACGCAGAAAGCAGUGAUGAUGAUCUACCACUCAGCAAAAAAAGAAGGACGUCGACAGCUGUUGAGUCCGAUUCAGACGAUGCCCCGCUCAUGGCCAAGGCAAAAGCGAAUGGCAAAGUCGUGAAAAUGCCUCCGCGACUCUCCGCCCAUCAGAUUGGUGAAGAUUCGGACUCGGACGUCCCUCUGGGCCAAAAACUCGCCAAGCAGAAACAGAAAAUUGAGAAGGCUGCCGAGAAGGAGGCUAAGCAAAUCCGAAAGGAGGAGAAACAGGAGAGCGCAAAGGCUCCCAAGAAAGCUGUACCGGCGAAAAGAGUGAAGAAGGAAGAGUCCAGCGAUGAUGAAAAGCCUCUGUCGAAGCGUGCACCCAUCAAGAAGGCUAAAGCCGAAGCCACUGGACCCGCCAAAAAGGUCAAGUCGCAACCUGCCUCAACCACCAAAAAGACAGCCGCCGCAUCCAAAUCCGUCAAGAAGGAAGAGAGUGCCGAUCCUGAAGACGAAGAGGAUGACGAAGAAGCUGUCAAUUGGUGGGAGGAUCCGACAAAGGGUGACGGCACAAACAAGUGGGAGACUCUGCAACAUAGCGGUGUUGUCUUUCCUCCACCUUACAAGCAGCUGCCUAAGAACGUCAAGAUGAAGUACGACGGGGAGCCCCUGACACUUCACCCGGAUGCCGAAGAAGUUGCCGGUUUCUUCGGCAGUAUGCUCAACUCCACUCACAACGUCGAGAACCCAACCUUCCAGAAGAACUUCUUCCAUGAUUUCAAAGAGAUUCUCAAGAAGACUGGCGGUGCCAAGAACAGAAACGGCGAGAAGGUGGAGAUUAAGGAGUUUUCCAAAUGCGACUUCAAGCCAAUCUUCGAGCACUACGAGGCCGAGAGGGCAGCCAAGAAGGCACUUUCUAAAGAGGAGAAGAAGGCUCUCAAACAAGAAAAGGACGAAGCUGAGGCACCGUACAUGUACUGCAUAUGGGACGGUAAGAAGCAAAAGGUGGGGAACUUUCGAGUCGAACCUCCUGGCCUGUUUCGCGGCCGCGGCGACCAUCCCAAAACUGGCCACGUCAAGACCAGAGUCAUGCCUGAACAGAUCACCAUCAACAUUGGUAAGGAGGCCACAGUGCCAGUCCCGCCCGAAGGACACAAAUGGAAGGAGAUCAAGCACGAUAAACAAGGCACUUGGCUAGCUAUGUGGCAAGAAAACAUCAACGGCAACUACAAGUAUGUCAUGCUGGCUGCAAAUUCGGACAUCAAGGGUCAAAGUGACUACAAGAAGUUUGAAAAGGCCCGCGAGCUGAAAAAGCACAUCGACCGCAUCCGCAAGGACUACCAGAAAGAUCUGAAGGCAGAGCCGACCGUCGAUCGCCAGAGGGCCACUGCUAUGUACCUGAUCGAUCGAUUUGCGCUAAGAGCGGGCAACGAGAAAGGAGACGAUGAGGCUGACACCGUCGGUUGUUGUUCGUUGAAGUACGAGAACGUUACCCUACGCCCACCCAACGUUGUCAUCUUUGACUUUUUGGGCAAGGACAGCAUUCGCUUCCACGAAGAAUUCGAGGUAGAUCCGCAAGUUUUCAAGAACCUGAAGAUUUUCAAGAGGCCGCCCAAGCACGAAGGCGAUGAUCUUUUCGACCGCCUGACCACCAGCGCGCUCAACAAACAUCUCAAGAGCUAUAUGGACGGCCUGACCGCCAAGGUCUUUCGUACGUACAACGCCUCGUACACCAUGUCUCAAUUGCUUUCGGAAAUGAAGUCGGAAGGCUCUCUGGCCGAAAGAGUCAAGGACUACAACGAUGCCAACCGAAGGGUCGCCAUUCUCUGCAAUCACAAACGUACUGUGGGGGCCGGACAUGCAGGUCAGAUGGAGAAGUUGGGCGAACGAAUCAAAGGUCUCAAGUACCAGCAAUGGCGCAUGAAGCAGAUGAUGAUCGAUGUGGACCCUAAGAUCAAGAAGAAGAAGGGUACUGAAUACUUCGAACUGCCUGACGACAUUGAUGAAGCAUGGAUCCUGGAACACCAAGCAUUCCUGGUUGAGCAAGAGAAGACCAAGAUCACCAAGAAAUUCGAGAAAGAUAACGAGAAGCUCAAAGCUGAAGGCGAGAAAGAGAUGAAACACAAGGACCUUGAGGAACGUCUCAAGGCUGCGACAGAGCUGGAGAAGAAGUUCAAGAAGGAAAACAAAACGAAGAAGGUCGAAGCCGAGGGCAAGUCUCCGUCAGUCGAGAAGUACGAGGAGCAGAUCAAGAAGCUGGACACCAGGAUUGCUACCAUGGCGAUCCAGGCAGAGGACAAGGAGAACAAUAAAGAGGUGGCAUUGGGCACUUCGAAGAUUAACUAUAUUGAUCCGAGAUUGACGGUCGUCUUCAGCAAGAAGUUCAACGUGCCCAUCGAGAAGUUCUUUUCGAAGACCUUGCGGGAAAAGUUCGAGUGGGCCCUCAAAUCCGUCGACGAGAAUUGGACUUUCUAG